AUGCUGAAGUGGACGGUCUCGAGAUCGUUGUCAGCGAAUAGCUCGACGCCUCACGGUCCAUCCACCUUGAACAAGGCGCCCCGUAGGCCUUUCCGAGACUUGUCCAACACGCCUCCCGCCGCUGGAACCAAAACCCGGAACAUACCUGCCCAAACGGCCGAGAGUGUUUCGGCGAGAACGACGCCAGCACGUCGGAGAAGAUGCAGGAGUCACGGCAGCGAUCUGAGAACCUACUUUCAGGCGACAAAGCCUAAUUUGCGCGGGAACAAGCGUCAGUCGAUGUCACAGCAGACGGAUAAGUCAUCGGUCACGGAGAGCUUUUAUCAAAGCACCCCGAGAGUCGACACCGAUAUCGGUCCGCUAACGUUCUUCCCCGGCGGUAGCAAAUGCUCCACGGCUCUGACCCUGCCAACGGAUCCCGCGUUGUUUAUGAAAACUAGAACGAAGAGCUUCCAGAGCGACAGCGAGUUGCCGCAGAAUGUCGUGAACGAGGCCAGGGCGAACCUCCAAUCCCACGUCUCGGACUUUUUCCAACAGAUCUCGAUGGCCACAAGCCCGGAGGACGUGAUGGAGUCGGACUCCGUUCCCUUAGCGAAGAACGGACUAUACGUCACGAACGGCGAAUCGAAGCCAAAGUUCGCCGAUUGCGCCAAGCUGACGUAUUUACCGAAACUGGCCAGGAUCACGAAGAUCCACGCUCGAUGCAAAACCCCGUAUCAUACCAAGACCGGUCAGGUCGGGACUCCUUUCAAGGCUAAGAAUCACGGUCAGACGCCAUUGACCGGAAAACUAUCGACGCUGGCCAUCGACCAGGAUCUACCUAAAUUCGAGAACAUGGACAACACCGUCACGGAAGUGCUCAGCAGGGAGCAAGAGAUCAACUUCACCGGCAAGACGGUGGCGGAAAUUCUCUUGGGGGACGUGGAGGAGAGGAAGAAGGUUCUGGAGGAUGCCCGGGACGACCAGAACCUGACUAAAUCCGACCACACGUACGAGACGAUCGUGGAACAAGAAGAGAACGCGGAAGAGGAAACUGCUCGACACAAUGACAGUUCCGUCUCUUCGGCCAGCCAGCUUUUGGAGGAUCCCUCACCGAUGUCGUGGGCGUUCUCCUCCCCGCCCGACGACCUGGACGGAGAGUUCACCCUGAAGAGGCAGCGAGGCAUACGGAGGAAGCGGCAUCGGAAGGAUACCGAGAAGAUUUACGAGGGAAAGCGAGCGAAAAGACGGUUGUCGAGUCACAGUCCGUCGACCAGCGCGAAAACGGAGAAGCAGAGGGACCUUUUGGUGGAAGCAGUGAAUCCUAACGUGAAGAAACUCGCCCUGGAGACAGACCUGGACUCCACGUUGGACGAGAAGUGCGCGUCCGCGCCGAAGACGUUGCUAUGCGGCGCGGAGGAUCCGCGAAAGGACGAGGAAGGAAGGAAAGUUGGCUCCUGGGACCUGGACAGCCCCAAGUCGACCAUCACGGACGACUUUCAGAGCUCCAAAUCGUUCUUGAACUCCAUGUCCAACACGCCGGAAGCCCCGUUGGUCGCGACUGUCAGGAGGUGUCUGAAAUACAGUCCCGAGAGCGAACAACCGAAACCCAAUUGCCAUGGAUCCAUCGAGAUCGAGUACUCUGUCGUCGGCGAUCAGAUACACGUUCGAGUGAUACGGUGCAAGGACCUGAGGAGGGUAUACGAGGGUUCCAUUCACGCUUACGUGAAGGUGAGCCUGAAGAACACUAACCGCGAGGGGGUGGUGAAGCGGACAGCGGUGCACCGGGCCACACCGAAUCCCGUUUUCCACGAGACCUUGAUACUGCCCUGUCCGGCGAACAACAGCCACUGCGCCAGCAAGCCCACGUCCCUGGACAUCGCGGUGUGGCACAGGGAUCGCCGUGCAAGACGUAGCGAACUGUUGGGCUGCAUGACUCUGCCUCUACCCCUGUCCCAAGACAAGGAAGCGACAUGGCAUCCACUAGAAGCAGGAACCGGUCGAAACACGAGCACUCUUUAUGCGGGUUUGCCUCAAGACUGCGGAGUCUCGCCGCCCUUGUCCAAGGACGGAGAACCAGAUAAUAAUAAUUCCGGAGCGGAGAACCUGACGUACUUGAGGCAUCUGGAGUUAGAGCCAGUAGAUCCAUUGACUGGUCUGCCAUUGCAUCCGGGUUUCACUGCCAGGGGCGGUAGAACACCUUGCACCGUUACGAGGAGACUGAUCAGACAGACUACUGCUAAUCAGAUUCCAUGGGGAUUUUCGUUGUCCUGGGGAAGACCGCCCCGCGUGGAACGGGUGGACCCCGGCAGCCCGGCGGAGCGAUCCGGUUUGAAACCAGGUGAUUACGUGGUAUUCGUCGACAUGACGAACGUGGUGACGAGGCCACGGGAAGAGAUACUUGGACUGAUCCAGGCGGCCACGAAUCAGUUGAUCUUGGAAGUUUAUCGCAAGGGUGGGCAGAUUCACUCGUCGAUGCACCGGCCUAGCUCGAUGAACGUCAGCCUGCAGCAACCGAUCGGCGGCGGGCAGCCCGCGGUUGCGUUCAGCGCCGAGGUUUUCCCGAACCUGGCCCCGGACGCGCCGCCCGAGGAGGAGCUGUCCGUGAGGGAGUCCCGGUACUGGGGCGUCCUCAAGAGCGGACACACGCGUUUCAUGGCGCCGAUGGCCGAGAGACGCGACGUCCUCUCCGCGGCGGACUAUAUGAUACUCUUUCAAAAUCUCGACGAGUUGCUCAAGAUUUCCGAGGAGAUCCGCGACGAGGGCGGCGGGGUCGACAGCUACUUCUGUCGCGUUCCCCGAAUCACCGCCGCCUACAGAAGAUACCUGAGCGGCCUCCAGCGAGCCUGCUGUCUUCUGGUCGCUCUCAGACGGAACACGGCAUUCGCGAAACUCGUCUGCGAACCCGCCGUUCCGCAAAAGAGACGUCCCGAUCUGACGGGCGUUCUGCUCCUGCCUCUAGAACAUUACAGAGAGAUGACGAGAUUGUUGGGUCUGGCAUCGCCGAGGAAUUGCCAGCAAGCGAGAGACUUGGCUCAGGGAUACAGGGAAGCGACGGCCAACGCCGGGGUGAUGGAGCCACCGCGCGAUACCGGGAGGCCUCUGCUUAGCUUGCAGGAGGUCGAGUCCCGACUAGUUUUCGCGAGAUGCAAGCCAUUCACUCUGGCCAUGCCCGGAAGACAAUGGCUGUUCGGGGGUGCGCUCGCGAAAGUGGAAGGUCGAGCGCGGUUGCAGCCCUCUUGGGCGUUGCUCCUGACUGAUCUUCUGGUGUUCGCUCGGGUCUCCAGGGAUCGCGUUCUGUUCGUGACGGAGGAGCCGCUGCGGCUCUCGAACAUCGCCGAGGCUUGCUUCACCGUCCGGAAACGGCCCACGGAAUUUCGACUGCAAAUCGCCAUCAAUCCUAGCGGGAACGCGGAGAACGGCCACGUCGAAGUAUCCAAUACCGGGGGUUGUAGUCCUCACAGUCGGCCGCGAAGACGGGUGAUGGUCUUGCGAGCCCCUACUCCGGAACUGAAGGCUGUCUGGCACAAUCUUCUUCAGCGGCAGAUAAUCUAUGUGAAUACAGGCUACGGGGGUACGCCGAGCCAGGAUAGCCCGGAAGAGAGUCCGAUCAUCGGUAGCAAUUUCACCGCGGUUAGGGAACCGACGGAAAGCUCGCAGACCACCAGGGAAUCGCAGAAGCAGGACGAGGAAAAAGAGUCGCACUCGGCGGAGAGUAUCGAUACCAUCAUUAAGAACUCGAGAGAAGACAAUCAUCUGGCGCAAUGGGUGCGCAAUUCCCGUCAGAUUCCGCCCCCGGAUCACGAGGAGGCGCCCAUCGAGGAAUGGACUCCGGAGGAGUUGGCGGCCAGAGCCCCCAAGGAGAACCUAAACGAACCUGACAGAGAACAGAAUAUUCCGUCGGAAGAAGUUAUCGCGGAAGUGGUGAACUCCGACGUGGAGCUGCAGAGCACCACUUCUAGCGCGAGUCUCAGCACCGUCAAGUCGAACAGCGUGACCGCCAAGAAGAACGGGAGCCUAACGUCCUCGAAAGAGAACUCGACCAGUUCGAUUAACAUUUGCAGAAGAUGCCACAGAUCCGGUUGCCCCACGCCCCCUUUGACGAGGGAUCCGUUCUCCCCACUGCCUCCAAAAAUUUCGGUCGUCCCACCGACUCCCGACUUGUGCACCAGACACAGACUGAGAAACGGCCUGCACGAUAGCCCUGGACGAAACAGUCCCAGUUACACGCCGGCCGACGGAAACACGGAAGACGGUAGCGAGGACGACCUCGACUGCGACGGUGAACCGCCUUACAGAGCUCUGAGAAGAUUCGGCACGAUGAGCAGCCUGGAUCAGGACGACGAGCUCGAGGAGCAAGGAGACGAGGACAAUCGAGACACCGAGUCUCCGCCUACGGGAUUGAGAGCCUGGACCGCAAGGGCGAGCAGCUACGUGGUCAGUAAAAUGGUACUGCUCGAGCAGCUUGGCGAGGGUGUCGGUGGUUACCUUCUUCAACCACCGGUUCCACCGGAGCGAACAGAAUACUCUUUGGAUCCGAACGACGACGAGGGCACCACGUCUGGGGCUACCUCGGGAGACGAUAUUUGGGGAACUCCGACUUCCGGUGGCCCGGACGACGAAAGCUUUACCGCGAGCUCGCCGCCGCCGAACGGUGUGAGCAUCGCGGCCGCCUCCGGCGAGGACAACUACGGUCUGAACCUGUCCGUGGACGACGACGCCGACCAGGAGUCCGAGAACGAAGACUGCAAUCUGCCCGAGCUGAACAUGGACCAGCUGCUGGGCAGCGGUAGCCUCAGCUCGUUGAGGUGUUUUUUGGGCAGACGAAGAUUGGAGCCGCUCCCGGAGGAGGAGGACUCGCCAGGUAGCGGAAAGGAUCAAGUGGGAUGGUGGUGACAGAGGUUUCACACGGCGACGUCGAAGAACGUCGGCUCGAGUUCCGAUGCGAACGAACGAGAUCGUAUCUUCGCGAAACUGAGUCAAGAAGACGAGGAGUUCCGUAGAAAAAUAGUGAACCUCCACAGGAAACUGUCGGACGUGGACGACGGUGGCACCGUCACGGAGCCCGUGUCGCCGGACACGCUUAAAAGUUCCAAAGAGGCGGAACGUUUGGAAGAACUGGAAUCGGUGGCACGGAGAGCCGAGGAAACUAGCAGCAAAAACGCCGAAAGAGCCAAGAGAGAAGCUUAUUCCGCGACGGAGGCCGCGGACGCGAGAAAUCGUAGAUUGAAAAAGGGGGACAUGCAACACGAUCGAAGAAGACAGAUGGAGCUGCUUCAACGGAAAUCGAAGAAGCUGGAGCAAGACUCGGACGAUCUGAACGACAGUCCCACCAGAACCACCGAGAGAAACUUCUUGAAUCGAUUGAGAAUAAAAAGGCGUAGCAUGAAGCUACUCAGUUUCCUGAGCGGAAAGGCCGCGGAUAGAUCGCAGGAGGAACGAGCAGCGAGACUUCUCAGAAUGUACAUGCCCGAGAAGGGAUCCAAAGCACAAAAUACUAUUUCUAUUCAUCAUACGUCCAGGGACAGGCGAUUUUGGAAGCUUCGGAGUCGGAGACGAACCAACUCCUCGUAAACGGAGGGUACGCCGAAUAUGUUCCGGAAGAUAGAGGCGAACGACAGAGCAAUGGCCGUGUCUUUGUUAUUAGGACUUCCAGUAUUCGCGUUAUUCAAGUUUUUUGAAUUCUAUUUAAGCAUGUACAAGGUCGAACUUGUUUUCAUAGAAUCUAGCGUAACUGUACGGAAUUAGGUUUACGAUUUCCAGUACUAGAUCUAUCUCUUCGUCUUGUAAACGGUUUCAAGUAAAUCAGUACUCUCUCACCGGGAACGGUUAGCCGAUUAAAAAAAAGUUCCAGAGUGUAAAAGUUGCGUCCCGUAUCGUAGCGCGCUUGUCAAAUUCUUAACGGAACGGUCACUUUAAAGAAAGGAUGCGAAACGGCCUAGUGGAAUGUCUUCGAGUUGUAACGUUCAAGAUGUUUCGUUUAUCGCGUAAGACUGCUCGUUACGAUUCUAGUCUCGCUCAUUAAAAUUUAGAUACGAUUUAUUUAAUUUUUUGAACACCGUAUUUAAGUAGGUCCGCACGACUGACCCAA